UGUUGUGUCACCUCUCACUGACCAUCUCAAUUAUCAGACCACGGUCUCAAACCCGGUUUACAAGAAGGGGCGUUUUAGGAACCACAGUUUUGACUUUUGAAAUACUUUGAAGAACCACUUAUUGUCUGUUCUAGAAGCCCUCCUGUGUAUUUUUUUUUCAGCUUCAUCCCUGUCUCUCUCUUUUACCCCUCUCCUGCCUACCCCACUCACUCUCGCUCUCCCUUCUCUUUUUUCUUUGCUCGGCUGUUCUUGGACUGAUUUAUUUGGCCCGGUGACUAGUGGGAAAGCACCAGCCUAUAUUUGUCGGCUGCUGGGGUUGUGCCUUCUUACUGGUGGAUGACUUUGGAUCCUCUGUUUGGGUUUACCUGCUCACACCUGCACCGCCUCUAGCAUCUGCUUUGAUCUGAAUAAGGAACUAGUGAGACCCUUUGUUGGGCAUAUCCAUGAAUCCUACUUUUGGGAUAUAUGGACUUCACCUGUGAAGCAUUUCUUUCAGUACCUUAUUAUUGGAGCUAAAACAUUAAUUUGGAUCUAAAGCUCGCAAGCUUUGCAGCUCAGCCUCAUUGCCAACAGAAGCCUUAAGUUUUCAGAGUGACUUCUACCUGGGUGAUAAGUCCACCUUGGUCAAGAGUGUCUCAGAUACAGAUGCCAAACUUCUGGCUGUCCUUCCUAAAGUUUCAGAGUUGAAGAAAUACUUUGAGGGAGCUGUCACAAAGGAUUCGGGAAUGAACAGGAAGGAGAGGAUAGCCCGCCGUCUGGAGGGAAUUGAAAGUGAUGCUCCACCUGCGCUGGUGCCCGGCGGUUUGGUAGCCAACAGAAUGCUGGAGGAGGAUGCACCGCGAUACACCCGCGCUUCAGAUCCUUUUGAGCCUUGUGUGAUGGUGAAACGCUACAGUCGAGAGGAGCUGGAGGCCCCCCAGAAGCAGCUGUCUUCUCUAGACAGGUUGGCCCAGGUCAAAGGUGGUGUUGGCAGUGGCCGUACAGAGCCCAUGGUGGUAUACGUUGACCCAGUAACACUAUCCACCUCCUCUACGCCCGCAUCCUGCCCCACAGACCCCACCAGCCUCAGCUCUAAGGCUGAGCGCAUCGCCCGCUACAAAGCGGAGCGCCGCCGCCAACUGUCAGAACGUUACGGCAUCCUCCUGGAUCAGGAGGCGGACAUUGAUUACACACCGCGCUACCGCUCCCGGCGCGACACAGAUGCCUCUGACCAACAGACAACUGCCAAGCGAGAAAGAGACAGGCAGGAAGCAGACGCUCAAAGCCGGGAGCCCAGGGUGCCAUAUCGCUUGGGAGUGGGCCGGGUUUACAUGAGGACUCACCCAGAGCCCGCCCCUGUUUCCACUUCCAGCCCCGCCCAGUCAAAUCAAUCCCCUCCCCCCACACAAGAGAGACUGAGGAGAUUUUCAGAGCGGGAAAGAGUGAUGAACAUGGAGAACUACCGGCGCUGCGGGGCUCACGAGCGCUCCAUCCCUUCUAGAAGCAGAACCCAGGAGCAUCAUCCAGCCCAGCCCCAACAGCAGCAGGACUCCACCCACCAGGAUCCAAGCCCCGCCUCCACCAGGGAUUACAGCAUUGCAGCAGUGCCCAGCUCGCCUCGCACCGCCCGUCGGGCCUCCCUGCCCUCCCCUCGCUACGGCAUCUCACCGGGGGAUUUAUUCAUAGAGCAGCAGGCCCAGAGUAUCCUCAACAGACAGGGAAUUCGAUUAAAGGAACGAUUGUCCAGGGAUGAAACUGUCCAGAGGCCCCCUGAUUGGAGUCCAGACAGGCAGCAGGAUAACAAACACCGUACUCAGGGGCACACUGCUCAGUAUACGCCAAAACGCUCAGAACCCACUCAGCAAAGGACUGUUCCUGUGCUUCAGCCCAGCCCAGGUCAAUAUCCUGCUCACUCUGGCUCUGCUGUUGACCCUCAGCCCUAUUUGGCCAUCCCUGCCCCAUCGGCUACUGCCAAACUUCCUGGACCUCCUGAGGUACAACCACAAAGAAGAGUGAGUGCCGACCAGAUCCAUGUCUCCCACAGGGAGGCAAGAUUGGAGGCCAGGCAGGCCCUGAAGGAAGAGCCCCACACAGAGGGCCUGCUCAAGAGCAGGAAAGCCGUGUUGCCCUCAGAGAUCCGCAAAAGGGAAAGGAGUGUGGAUGAUACUCACAGGGGCCGACAUGAAGACAUGGACUUGCAGAACUACAGCCCAGAAUGGAGGAGGAUGAGUCGAAGCGAGGAAGACUGGGAUACGGAGAGACCUAGGGACAGGGGGAGGGAGAGAAAUGUUGAAAGGAUUAGAGAAAGAGGGAGAGAGCCUGUCUCGAGCCACGACAGCCAAGAGGAGAGAGCAUUUAGAUCAAUGCAGCCUUCCAACAUCUCUGUACGCCAGCAGCCCAGGCAGCAACAAUCCUCAGACCCUGUGUGCCAUCAAGAGCCCCAAAUUCGGCAGCAAGAGCCACCAACGCAACAACAGUAUGAACCCAUAAAGAGACAACAUGGGGCUCAAGUACAACAGCAGUCUCAAAGACAGCAGGGGUAUGAGCUCCAAAGAAAAGAUCCUCCAAAUCAGCAUCAAGACUCCCGAAGAUAUCAGCAAGAGCCCCAACUACACAAAGUCUUUGAGCCUCAGAAGCAGCAGCCGGAUCCAUCAGGGAACCAGAGGUCUGACUCAGCCAUCUAUCUCCAGAAAGGCUCUUCUCUGCCUCAGGCCAAACACAGAAGCAUGGAGAUGAGCGGAGGGCCCAAACCCAAGAUACGAACCCGCUCCAUGUCAGAUAUAGGUAUAAGCCAGCAUUCUGCCAUGUAUCGUAUGGAGAGGGUAUCAGCCACCAGAGAGAUAUCGAGGGCCGUCCCUUCCUCAGGGAUGGCUAACGGGGACAUGGGCUCCCUGGACACCAGGGUGUCAGUAGCACAGCUGCGACACUCUUAUCUGGAGAAUGCCAACCGGAAACCUGAGUUGGAAAUUGCAAAAGUAGAUCUGACAGCAAUGGAGGUAGAUCCGGCUAGCAGCAGUGACCAUGGCAGGGGUGCUCGGAGGCCUCGGCGCUACAUCACUCCAGGAGACAGUCGCAUGUCGGAGAGGUUUAGGACCCAGCCCAUCACCUCUGCAGAGCGACUGGAGUCAGAUAGGUCUCGUUUAAGUCCAUCACAGCUACAGGAUCCUGAAGGUGAAGAAAAACUAGAUGACAGAGCCAAGAUGAGUGUGGCUGCCAAGAGGUCUCUUUUCAGGGAGCUGGAAAAGACAUGUGAUGGAAAUGUACCCAAACCGUGCUCUCGAAACGCUGCUGUUGAAAGGCGUCUGAAAAGAGUUCAGGAUCGCUCACACACACAACCCGUCACCAACAAGGAGGUGGUCAGUGCUUCGAGUGACCCUGCCACAUCAGCACAACCUCUGGACAUCCACACUAAUGCAGCUCACGUCCCGAGCACUACUGUAAUCAGCACCGGUGUGACCAGCAUCAGCAUCCAGGCUUACCCCCAGCCAGGCUCAGCUGUCCCGGGUGAGGAUCAGGAGAUCCAGGAGCAGCAGAAAGCCGCUACAGCUCCAAGUGCAGGGGUGAAGGGAGAUGGCCAGGAGCCUUUCUCUGAUGAGUCUGACCUGUCCGCCCUCACCCUGGCUGAGAAGAUGGCCCUCUUCAACCGGCUUGCUCAGCCUACAGGCCAGCCCGCUGAGGGGUCCCGAGGGGACACCCGGCAGCGCAGGGCCAACGCCCGAUUCCAGACUCAACCCAUCACCCAGGGAGAGGUGGAGCAGGAAGCUGAGCCGCCGCUAACCUCUGCUCUGUGUAACGGCGACUUACAGGCCAAUCAGGGAAAACAUCUGAAAAACGGAGGUGAGAUCAAACUAGAGCCCCUGUCAGCCUGCCUGAUCCGCUCUGUGGCAACUGUCACCUCCCAAUCCUCCGUCGCCACAGUAACAGUCCCACCAGGCAGCAGCGGUGGCUUCGGCGUCCGCGACGAUGACGCUCACCGUCCAGGAAAGUCCACCGCAGUCCCCUACAUCCCUGCCCAACAACAGGCUUUCAGCAGCACAAGCAACCACCAGGAGAGGGCGUUGAGGUAUUUCUCUAUGACCCAGAGCGGGGACCCAGGCCAGUCCGAGCCUGAGCUUGACUCCUCCCCUCUCCUCCCUGUAAGCCGGCCAAGAGCGGGGGCUCCUCUAACUCCCACAUCCUCCGCCAGUCACAGGCAGCAGGGGGAGUUAGUGGAGGAGGGAUGGAGAGAGCAUUCCGAGGAGGAGGAGGAGGUUAGGGGGAGACAGCAGGGAGGAGCCAGAGAAGAGAUCCUAGACAGCAACAUUGAGAGAAACCUGCACUCCCCUGUCAGGGACCGGGACGGCAGGCAGCAGCAGCAGCAGCAGCAUCCCCAGCCUCAUCCCUCUGCCGAACCCUUUCCGAGGAGAGGCCAAUCAGAGCCUCUUCCUGGCCGGAGAGCCGCAGACGGACAAUCCCAGGAGAGCAGGGAGAGAGCAGAGGGGGGAGGAAGAGGAAGACGGGGGUACCUCAGAGAGGCAGCUCACGUCUCCUCCACACAGGAGCAGGAGAGAAGCAGCAACGGGAGCCAGCCAGGCAUCUCAGACUUGCCAGAUCAUCCUGCUCCACUUAGGCCUCUGGUAGCUAAAGUGUCAUCCAGGACAGUGUCUCACGUUUCAAGCAGACAGCAGCAAACCAACACCCAGCCUCCUCAAACUCUUCCUAAACCCUUCACACAGCAGCCUCCUCCAACACCCCCCAAACCUUUGGCCGACAUCAAACCCAAGCCGCCCUCCCAGCCCUUACAAACGUACCCCAAACCUUUCAUUGAAUCCCCACAAACCCAGCCCCAACCUCAGGGAUUUGUGCAACCUCUCCCUAAACCUUACCAGCAGACAACCCCUCAAACCCAGGUGCCUCCGCAGACACCUCCCAAACCCCAGUCCCUCCCCCAGGCGCUGGUAAAGUCCCAGUCCUUGCCCCUGGACCACAGCGAGGACUUCAACAGGCAAAGUGUCCUAUCUGGAGAUCUGCUGUCCCCCAUAGACUCUGGAGAACCGCUGUCUGACGAAAUGUCCGCCAAACAGAUGUCCAUCAAGGAGAGAGUGGCACUUCUGAAGAAAAGUGGUGAGGAGGAUUGGAGGAACAGGAUCAACAAGAAACAGGAAGUGGUCCAGGUGGUAUCCACGGAGACGCAGGCUCAGCAAUGGGAGUCAGAGCAGACCUGCGACAACAAGGAGGAAGGGGUGGUCGUUCAAGACUACUCGGUUGUGUCUGUGUCUGAACAGCUGUGGGAACCUGUAUUCUCUUCCACCUUCUCUCCUACUAUCUCCCUUGGCCAAAAGUGUCAGUAUAUUGACCAUCAUAGUCAGAAAGUGGGAGAGGAGAGCGAGGCCCAGAUAUCCAUUGAGGAGAGAAAACAGAUGAUUUCUGUGCGUGAGGAGGCCUGGAAGACGAAGGGAAAAGGAGUGGCCAAUGACUCCACCCAGUACACUGUGGCUGCACGCAUGGUCAAGAAAGGCCUGGCAGCCUCCUCCUCAGUUAUUAGCCCCAUCCUGUCGCCGGUCUCCACCAAACUCAAGAGCAGCGUGCCUGCUGUCCACAAACCACUAGAGGAAAUUGAGGCCGGACCAGAAAUGGAAUCGGAUAAGAAACUUGACAAGUUGGAGAGCUUCUUGGGACGUCUGAACAGCAAAGUGGCAGGUCUGCAGGAAACCACUUUAACAGUUACAGAGAAGGCAGUGAAGGAAGUCAUGAAGCUGGACGAUGAAAUCUUCUCUAAGUUCUACAGACACGUUGCUGAAUUUCCACGCAUACCCACCAGGAUAGAGAUCAGUGAUGAUUUUGAUGCCAUCUUUGGUUCUCAGGGUCCCAAGUUGACUUCGACCAUGGUGCAGCAUAAGCGCUCGGUGCGUCCGUCCAGAAACGUCCAGGCGUCAAGAAACCCUGUGAAGAUGCUGGCAGCCAGAGAGGACAUCCGACACGAGUACACCGAGCAGAGGUUGAAUGUAGCUCAGCUGGAGAGCUCGAGGAUGAAGGCUGCAAAGAUAAAUAAAACCUCUGAGUACUCUGAGGCUGCUCUGGCAGGUCUGGCCAGUAAAGAAAACUUCAGCAGCGUGAGUCUGCGCAGCGUCAACAUCUCAGAGCAGAUGUCCAACAACAGCGCCGUGCCCUACAAGAACCUCAUGCUGAUGCAGGUCAAAGGUCGUCGUCACAUUCAGACCAGAUUAGUGGAGCCAAGAGCGUCCUCACUGAACAGCGGCGACUGUUUCCUGUUGGUCACUUCAGAGCACUGCAUCGUCUGGAUAGGAGAGUUCUCAAAUGUCAUUGAGAAGGCUAAGGCAAUAGAUCUGGCCACCUUCAUCCAGACAAAGAAGGACAUGGGCUGCAGGGCAAACCAGGUGCAGACCAUCGAGGAGGGGGUCAACCCACAAGGUCCAGAUACCCAGCAGUUCUGGACCAUCAUCGGAGGACAGACUGCUUAUCAACCGGCAGGUCCACCCGAGGAGGAUGAGCGGUUUGAGAAUGCCAUUGUUGAGACAAACUGUAUCUUCAGACUGCUGGAUGACAAACUGGUUCCUGAGGAUGACGAGUGGGGAAAGGUCCCUCGCUGCUCUCUGCUGGCGCCCAAGGAGGUGUUGGUGUUUGACUUUGGCAGUGAGGUGUAUGUGUGGCACGGUAAGGAGGUGACCCUGGCCCAGAGGAAAGUAGCCUUCCAGCUUGCCAAACACCUUUGGAACGGGACGUUUGACUACACCUGCUGUGACAUCAACCCACUGGACCCUGGAAGUUGCAACACACUCAUACCCAGGAAGGGCCAGGGCCGUCCUGAUUGGGCGAUAUUCGGCAGGCUGACAGAGCACAAUGAGACAAUCUUGUUCAAAGAGAAGUUUUUAGACUGGACCGAAGCAAAGUCGCCAACACUAAAGGAGCGUGGCGAACUCGCACCUGACCAGAAGGAGGCCCCGGGACGGGAAUGCCGGCCCUACGACACUACCCUGAUGCUGCCCGUCCUCCAGUCGUCUAUUUCCACCAUCUUGGAUGGUGUGAAUGUGGGACGUGGCCACGGCCCAGUGGAGACCGAGGAUCACAUGAGGACUCAAAAGAUCAGCACGGUGUCGGUGGACGUCUGGCACAUCCUGGAGUUCGACUACAGCCGCCUGCCACGCCAGAGCAUUGGCCAGUUCCACGAGGGAGACGCCUACGUGGUCAAGUGGAAGUACACGGUCAAUACCUCAGUUGGUCGCAGGCAGAACCCUGAGGCAAGGAGCAGCGGGCCGGGAAAGGAGAAAUGCUGCUACUUCUUCUGGCAGGGUCGACACUCCACAGUCAGCGAGAAGGGAACGUCAGCGCUGAUGACAGUGGAGCUGGACGAGGAGAGAGGGGCGCAGGUUCAAGUGCAGCAGGGAAAGGAGCCUCCAUGUUUCCUGCAGUGCUUCAAUGGAGCAAUGAUUGUCCAUGCUGGCAAGAGGGAGGAGGAGGAGGAGAACAUUCAGAGUGAGUGGCGUCUGUACUGCGUGCGGGGCGAGGUUCCGCUGGAAGGCCACCUGCUGGAGGUGGCGUGUCACUGCAGCAGCCUGCGCUCCAGAGCCUCGAUGAUCCUGCUGAACAUCAACAAGGCCAUCAUCUACCUAUGGCACGGCUGCAAGACACAGCUCCACACGCGCAGCGUGGGGAAGACAGCCGCCCUCAAGAUCAAAGAACAGUGUCCACUGGAGGCAGGGCUCCACAGCAGCAGUAAGGUGACCAUCCAUGAGUGUGAUGAGGGAGCAGAGCCUCCGGGCUUCUGGGAGGCACUCGGGAGGAAAGACAGAAAGGCCUACGACUGUAUGCUGCAAGACCCAGGUAAAUUCAACUUCACCCCACGACUUUUCCAGCUGAGCAGCACAUCUGGAGAUUUUGCAGCAAAUGAGUUCUUCCACCCAUCCAGAGCUCCAGACCUGGUCAGCUCCCUGCCCUUCCUGCAGGAAGACCUGUACAACGCUCCGCAACAACCUGCUUUGUUCCUGGUGGAUAACUUCCACGAGGUUUACCUGUGGCAGGGCUGGUGGCCUCAGGACAGUGAGAGCACCGGGUCGGCUCGCAUCCGCUGGGAUGCAGACAGGAAGUGUGCCAUGGAGACGGUGCUGCAGUACUGCAAAGAGAAGAACGAGAAGAAACCUCAGAAGUCGUAUCUGAUCCACGCCGGCCUGGAGCCACUCACCUUCACCAACAUGUUUCCCAGCUGGGAGCACCGAGAGGAUGUGGCUGAGAUCACCGAAAGGGAGGCAGAGGUGUGUAACCAGAUCAUCCUGGUGGAGGACGUGUUGGCGCGGCUCUGUCAGAACAUAUUUCCUCUGGAACAGCUGCAGGCCCGGCCGCUCCCAGAGGGAGUUGACCCACUCCGCCUCGAGAUCUACCUCUCUGAACAGGACUUUGAGAAGGCUUUGGAGAUGAAGAGAGAGGAAUAUGAAGGUUUACCAGGGUGGAAGCAAGUGAAUUUAAAGAAGGCCAAAGGACUGUUUUGAGGAAGUUUUUAAAUGGAAGACGGAAGGCGGAUAAAAAGUAGACCGUUGAGAUGGAGACACAGGAAAUGUCACAUACCUGUGAAACUUGUUUUGGUGGUAAGAUGCGAGGACAUCAAGAUAGAAAGUAUCAGAAUUAGAAGAAAACAUACAUGAAGGAUGAGACUGCCGAUCCACUCGCCUUGCUUAUGGUCAUGCUUUACCUUUCAACUUUUAUUACGUAACAAAAUGAAAUUCAAAGCGGGAGAAGGUUAAACACCGUGCUUUGGUUCACACAUGGUAUUUAUGCGUAUUUGGAGUUUUCUCCAAACAUCUAAAGUCACCACUCGUGGACCUAACGGAUGAAAAUGUGCACACUAGAACGCUCAGUGUCAGAGUGCCAUGCUAUGGUAAUGUACGUAUGUGUGAAUGAUUGUAUGUAAUGUAUGUGUGUAAUGUUUAUUUGUAUAAAUGUGUGUGUAUCUAUGUAAAAACAUAUCCGGUCACAUCAGAUGUUGUUAUGAAAGUCGUCAUUCUAUUUGUUGUCUACAGUGUCUGGAUGCUGUCAGGCCACGUGACGCUCAGUUAUGUUAAACUGCUCAAGUGGUUUUGGACUAACUGAGAUGUAAGAGUUGUAAUUUUUAAGGUUUGACCUGUACGAGAAAGAGAAACAGCAGCUUUUUUAAAUCUGAAUGUAUAGUGCCUUGCUUUUUGUGUACAGUUUAUAUACAGAAAUCAUAGUCUGCAUUUUUAAAGACUUUCUUUGUGAUAUAAGACAUAGUAAAUUAAAUUACAAUAAUGUUCAACUCAA